GUUCUCUCUGUUCUCUCUCGCUCUCUCUCUCUGUUCUCUCUCUCUGUUCUCUCUCUCUCUCUGCUGAUGUUUGGUGGGUUCAGUCUCCUGAUGGCUCUUCAGCAGCAGGCAGUGUGGAGCUUCAGCUUCAGGAGGAUCCAGACUCUGAUCCAGAUCUUCCUCCUGCUGUCUCUCCUCAGCCCACCCUCCCAGCCUCUACCCCAGCACAGCCACUCCAGCACAACCCCCACACAGGAGUGUGACGAACAUCAGCAGGAUGUGUGUGGUGUGUGUUCAGGUGACGGGACGUCAUGUGAUCUCAGAAAUGGAACAGUCUCUCGUUCGCUUCUCUCUAGUGGCUACCACAAACUCCUGGAACUUCCUGUCAGAGCUCAGCGAAUCAGAAUCCAGGAGCUUGGAAAAACCAGGAACUACUUGGCUCUGAGGACCUCCAGUGGUGAGCCGGUAAUAAAUGGGGCGUGGGUGAUUGACAGACCGGGGCGGUUCCAUGCUGCUGGAACUGUACUGACCUAUAAACGACCCAAUGAGAUCCGCAGCAGAGCCGGAGAGUCCAUCACUGCUCCGGGACCAACCAAUCAGGAGCUCCAUCUCUAUGUUAUAUAUCAGCAGCCGAAUAUAACAGUGUAUUACGAAUAUAUUUUGCCCAAAGAAAACCACAUCAACACCCUCCCCGAAACUCGUAGUUCAUCAGGAAUAUUGCCUCUGGAAGACAGUGACGGACUGGGGAACAAUGACAGGACCCCAAACCAAGUGGGUGGGGCCAAUUCUAAUGAGGUAGUGGGCAGAGCCCACACUAAUGAGGUGUCAUCUGACCCCACAACCCCUGGACCACUCCCCCGUUAUAGCUGGGUUGCCAAGAAAACCACUCCCUGCAGCGCCACCUGUGGGACAGGCAGGCGCCAGGUGUUGUUCAGCUGUGUGGAGAGCUCCACUCAAACCACUGUGCCAGCAGAACACUGUAGCCACACCCCUCGCCCCGCCCCCCAAGAAGAGGACUGCCAAUUACAGCUUUGUCCAGCCUUUUGGGAUGUAGGGGAAUGGUCAGAGUGCAGUAAGACGUGUGGUCUGGGCACGCAGUACCGGCAAGUCCUUUGCCGCCAGACCCGAGGACACCGACACACCAACAGCACGGUCACCGUGGUGACGGCGCUGUGUGAUCACACGGAGAUGCCAGAGACGAUGACCUCAUGCCAGCUGAAGAUCUGCAGUCAGUGGCAGAUCCGCUCGGAGUGGAGUCAGUGUUCGGUACCGUGCGGCGUGGGUCAGCGCAGUAGGGAGGUGGUGUGCGUGGAUAACCUGGGUGAUGUGGCGUCCGAUGAAGAGUGUAACGUACCCAUGCGCCCCCAGCACCUGGAGAACUGUGACAUGGGGACCUGCACUCAGAGCUGGUUCUACACACACUGGAGUGACCGGUGUUCUGCAGACUGUGGUCAGGGCAGUCGCAGUAGGUCAGUGGUGUGUAUGAUGGGUCAGACUGCUUCUCUUCCUCUGGACGGCUGUGAGGAUGAAGAUAAACCAGGGGAAAUAACACCCUGUAACCUGGGAGCCUGCACACACCGAACAGAGUGGUACACAGGACCCUGGGGACAGUGCUCAUCUGAGUGUGGCAAUGGUACCCAGACUAGGGGUGUGGUCUGUGUUCUCCACAGCAACAGCCAAUUGGAAGUCACUUCAGAUGCGAACUGUUCCCAAUUUUCCCGCCCCCCGAAUUCACAACCCUGCCUUCUGAAGAGCUGUGGAGCACAGUGGUACACCACCGACUGGAGUUCAUGCUCUCGUUCCUGCGAAGGCGGCUACAGGGUCCGGGAGGUGCAGUGUUUAGGAGAUGACCUGACCCAUAGUGAUGGCUGUGAUCCUGCUCUGACCCCUGCUGGACAGGAAGAGUGUAACACACACAUCUGCCUGCCAGAGAUUGAUCAGUCCUGCAGGGACGUAUACUUUAACUGUGUGCUGGUGGUAGAGGCUCGGCUGUGCGUGUAUUCGUAUUACCAGGACGUUUGCUGCACUUCCUGCUCCCGAGUCUUCCGGAAAAAGGAGACCGUCCGAACCCUCAGGUGAUGCCCUCAUCCCGAGACGUGGCUUCAUCUCCUGACAUGCAACUUCAGGAAGCAUCACUGUCUUUUGUGACGGAAGGAAGAUCAUUAUUAUUCAUGUGAUUCUUUGGUCUGUUAUAUAAAAAAAAAAAGAACCACCACCAGGGUACUACAGUAUCUUGUCAUGUUGUAUGUUGUCAUGGAGAUAAAAGGAUGCAGAACUGAUGAACAUCUCCAGAUAUCCAGGUAGCGCCAAAGAAGGAACCAUGUUUUCUACUUUUCUGAAUGUUAAAAUGCCAAUUUUUUCUAGAAUUUCUGUUGCUGUUUGUUAAGAAGUUUUCACCAAUGUUUAAAAAAUGUUUACAUUUUGUAA